GACUUGGCGGAAGAGUUGAAGACCGAGAAAGGCACUCUGACGGCCAUCAAGUGUGACAUCACAAAGGAGGAGGAGGUCUUGGACAUGUUCGCGAAGAUCAAGGCCGAUUUUGGAAGCGUUGAUAUAUGUGUCAGUAAUGCUGGUCUUUCACACGACUCCCCGAUCCUGACAGGCAGUACACAACAAUGGCGGGAAAUGUUGGAUGUGAAUGUGCUUGGCCUGGCAAUAUGUUCCAGAGAGGCUGUCAAACAGAUGCGAGAGAAAGGAAUAGACGAUGGUCACCUCAUUCUCCUCAACAGUAUGUCUGGUCAUCGAAUUAUCCACAGUAGUCCUGGGCAUUUCUACACUGCCACCAAGUUCAUGGUAACAGCUUUGACUGAGUGUCUACGACAGGAACUCAAUGAUCUUAAAUCUCAUAUCAGGGUCACGGGUAUCAGCCCAGGGAUGGUCUACACGGAGUUCCAGGGGAGGAUGUUCAAGGACAUGAGCAAAGGAGACGAGAUUUGUACUGCUUAUAAGACGCUGGAAGCUGAUGAUGUAGUGGAUUCCAUUGUUUAUGCUAUCGGAGCUCCAGGCCACGUCCAGGUACAUGAUAUUUUGUUACGUCCUACGGAGCAGAGCACGUAAACGAUCCGGACAUUCCUCCAGACUCCGCCUACAUGAUAUUACUGGUUAUAUUUAACGGAGUACACCUUACUCUGGAGUUCGAAUUUACAUGUAACUUUACAUAAUACCAUAUAGCAUACAGAAAAUAAAUCUCAUUGAGCUGACAUAUCUGUCGAAGCUGACUUUUUCUGCAGGACCUACAAAAAAAAUUAACGCCACUUGACGGAGGUAGAUGAUGUUUACCUGUCACAUGUCCAUUGGUUUGAUUCAGCCAGCUUCAAUUCGGGGAAUUCUACAGAAAAUCAACCUCUACAUUGAUUUUUAAAUCAAUAUAGGUUGCUAAAGUUAAAUGUAAGAUUAUUAGAAUAAAAUCACCUUGACACUGUU